CUGGCCUCCCCCCCCCCCCAAGCCAGGCUACCUUUUGCACGGUGCCCGCUGCUGCGUGGGUGGGCAGUGUCUUGGGUGCCCUGCCAGAGGCAGUGGGUGCCCUGCAGCGCCCUGGGGCGCUCAGCGUCAGCCCGCACGCGGUGCCGGUGCCCUGAAGGCCUUGGUUCCCUGCCCCCAGGCUGUCGGGAGACGGCGUUCAUCUUCGCCAUCACCAGCGCCGGCGUCACCCACUCCGUGGCCCGGUCCUGCUCCGAGGGCUCCAUCGAGUCCUGCACAUGUGACUAUCGGCGCCGCGGCCCGGGGGGCCCCGACUGGCACUGGGGGGGCUGCAGCGACAACGUCGACUUCGGCCGGGUCUUCGGGCGCGAGUUCGUGGAUUCCAACGAGAAGGGGCGGGACCUGCGCUUCCUGAUGAACCUGCACAACAAUGAGGCGGGACGGAUG